AUGAUAUCGCUGAGUGUUGUGCUUGUUUUGGUGCUGUGUGUGUGCAGGGGAGCUCUAGGUGUGCAGGUUAAGGUUGGAGACAGGAGCUUCCCAUUGGAGGCGGUGAAGCAGCUGAAGGAGCUGAUGCAUUUAAAUGGCAAAAUUAGCCCUCCACUCGCAGAAACGAGUGCUGUAGCCGUGUGCCCCAACCCUCUCCUGCCGCAGGUCUUUCAGCCAGUGUGCCAAGGAAAAGGAGCAGGGAUGGUUUUCUUCAAACUAGUGAAUAUCAUCACAUCUGUGGAUCCUUGUGAAAUAUGUGCCAACCCCUCCUGCUUUGGGUGUCGGACCUGA